UACGUAUUUGAAUUUUGGAUGGUCUGUGUUGACUGUGUAGAUUGGCAUUUUGUCAUCAUUGCUAGCCAUCGCACGAAGCUAUCUCCUGUAAAUGAUUGUCCUUCCUUUUUUCUUUAAACUUUUCGGUGAGCUGAAUGCGAAGGGGGAAAUUCGUUGAGCCAAUGGCGUGGGUGCAAUGUAGUUUGACGGAGAACGGGUGCGAUUACAGUUUGCCUGGGGAGAACCCGUUUGAACUGCGCAGGCUGCAGACUGGAGCGCAGCAGGGCCCUGCAGGAGGCGCGCAUGUUCAACGAGACGCCGGUGAACGUGCGCAAGUGCAGUCUGGUGCUGACCAAGAUCCUCUACAUGCUCAACCAGGGCGAGACGCUUUCCGCGCGCGAGGCCACCAACUUCUUCUUCGCCAUCACCAAACUCUUCCAGUCACAAGACGUUCCUUUGCGACGACUCGUCUUCCUCUGCAUCAAGGAACUCUGCAAGGUGGCUGAGGACGUGAUCAUCGUGACUAGCAGUUUGAUGAAGGACAUGACUGGCAAAGAGGAGGCGUACCGCGCCGCGGCCAUCCGCGCCUUAUGCAUGAUCGUCGACCAGUCCAUGCUGCAGUCCGUCGAGCGCUACAUGAAGCAGGCCGUCGUCGACAAGAGCCCCCACGUCGCCAGCGCCGCCUUGCUCGCUUCGCUCCACUUCUGCCAGCGCGGCGGGCAGAGCGCGGAGGUGGUGAAGCGCUGGGCGAACGAGGUGCAGGAGGCGACGAACAGCGACAACCCCAUGGUGCAGUACCACGCCCUUGCUCUGCUCUACAACAUCCGCAAGGGGGAUAGACUGGCCGUCAACAAAUUGCUGGCCAAGUUCACCGCCGGCCGCUACUUGAAGUCCCCGCUGGCCGUCUGCUUCCUCGUCAAGGUCGUCGCCAAAACCAUCCAGGAGGAGGCCGGUUUAGGCCAGAUCAAUUCGAGCAACUUUGACUUCCUGGAGUCGUGCCUCCGUCACAAGUCGGAGAUGGUGGUCAACGAGGCGGCGCACGCCUUAGUCAACCUGCGGCACGCCAGCGGCCGCGAACUGACGCCGGCGCUCUCCGUCCUCCACCUCUUCCGCGCCUCCGACCGCCCCGUCCUCCGCCACACCGCCCAUCGCGCCCUGACCCACCUCCCGUCCGCCUGCAACGAGAACAGCCCCGCCGGCUGCAGCCACGCGCAGCCCUCUUCCUCCCGCUGCUGCAGUCCGCUGCGCUCCUUGUCCUCCAACCAGAUGCCGCGCAGUCAGCCGCUGGCCAGCAGCAGCUCCUCGGGCGUCAUGCGCCGCACCCGCCUGCGCCGCUACCGCACCGAGCCGUACCUGCUGGCGCUGCGGGCGGAGCUGAAGAAGGAGAGCGGCCUGUCGCCGCGCACGCCGCUGAAGCACGACAACCCCUUCGAGCCGCUGGACCUGUCGCAGGCCAUGGCCAGCAAGUGGGCCGACUUCCUCGACCAGGAGCAGCGCGCCCGCUCCAACGAGGACGCCGGCUUCGCCUGGUCCAUCGACCACAUGGCGGCGCUGCAGCCGGUGGACAUUCCGCACCAGGACGUCCUGCGCACCGAACUGCUCAAGCACGUGGUGUCCGAGUCGGACGAGGAGGACGCGCAGGACCACAUUCGCCGAUUUUUCAACGACGACGCGGUGCACCCGAUGACGCCGACGCCGGACAGCAAGCGCCGGCCCGCGCCGUCGAGCGACGAGGAAGACUCGGACAGCGAGGCGGAGGCGCUGAUGUUGGGCGUGGUGCGCAUGCCCUCCUACACCCUCGAACGGCCGCCGCCCUCCGCCCUUCCCCACCGCGACGCCGCCGUGCAGACGGACGUGUCCAUCCCGGCGCGCAUGGACUUUAGCCGCCACUUCGCCGGGUACCAGUUGGCGCGGGGGGCGCUGCGUCCCCUCGGGCAUCUCCACCCCAGCCGCUCCUUCUCGACGGCCACCAUCCGGCGCCGCCUCUUCGCCGACGAUCCCGGUCCGCCGGAGCGCGAAAAGGAGACGAGCGCCGCGCCGGCGCCUCUCCGCGCGCCCUCGUUUAAUUUCCUCGUUGAACCGGAGCAGCCGGGUUCGCUCCUGGCCAAUCUGGACGAAUCCAUGGGCUUCGGGAUGGUGUAGGAGCCUCGUCUGUGCGUGCUUUUACUUCCGCCUUUCCCUGCUGUAUGCGGGUAUACGUAUCCGUAUGUCGCCGAUUCAACUGCCGGCUUGAUGAAUUUUUGGAAUAUUUUUCCGGCAGUUUUGUUGAUGUUUUGAUUAGUGUUUGUCAGCGUGCGAUUGCGUGUAUUAUGGUGAUGGCGAUGCUACAAUUAAUUCGGGGAUUUUGUUUUGGGUGUUGAGGAAUUGCGGCAGAACGCUGAGUGGA